AUGGAUUUUAUAGAUAGUCUCUUGGCGAAUCUUGAGCCAGAAGUCGAAGACGCAGAAGAAGAAACUUUUAUGCUAUAUUCACAGCCUAUCCCUUCCAUGAAUCUUGGCUUCGUCGACUCCCGUGCUACUUCCGUCGAUGUUUCUGUUGCUGACCGGGACUACACUAUUCAUCAAUCUCCUACUGUUCUGUCAUCGUCACGCGCAGGUGGAACAACAGGAGCUGUGUUAUGGAAGAUAGCCCCCAGCUUCGCCUCGUGGCUCUCUUCCUCGUCAAAUCCCAUUCUCACCAGUACCAUCCAUUCAAAUGCCUCCAUACUUGAACUCGGCUGUGGCAUUUCCCCCCUGAGUGCCCUAGCCCUUGGUCCACGCGUGGCACGCUAUGUCCUCACCGACCAGUCCUACGUGCAGCGUCUCGUUCAGCGCAAUCUUGACGAGAACCUGUCUUCUGCGUUAAGCUCGGGGUCUUCUACACCGACGAGUGGCCGAGGCAGGAAGAAACGAAUUGGGCGUGGGCAUGGGCAUGGUGGUGCAGCACAGCCGAACAUUCGCUUCACAACACUUGAUUGGGAGACGGACGAGGUAACUCCGUCUCUUACCGGUUCUGAUGAAGCUCAUAGCUUUGACGCCGUUGUCGCCUGUGACUGUGUUUAUAACUAUGCUUUGGUAGACCCCUUCGUUCAGGCGUGUGCGGACGCAUGCCGUUUAAGACUCUCUGACGAGGCCUUUGCUAAUGGUGAAGAAAAGCGGCCGUGUGUCUGUGUCAUUGGGCAACAACUACGAAGUGACGAAGUAUUCGAGUCUUGGUUAAAGGCGUUUUCAACUUCAUUCCAUGUCUGGAGAGUUUCUGAUAGUGUACUGCCCGCAGAACUGCAAUCUUCAGCCGGUUUCGUGGUGCACAUAGGUAUCCUUCGCGAUGAGAUCACAAAGAGGGACUGA